AUGCAACCACUAGACGUAGAAGCUACACCGAGUCGGUGCCGUUCCCAUGCCCGUAGAAAUGCAGAAGGUUGCGACAGCAGGAAAGAGCAAAGAGAUUGUGGACAUGACCGAGAGGAAAAAACUGGAUGUUUUGUGUUUACUGGAGACAAAGUGGAAAGGGAGGUAGGGAUCUGGAUGCUGGUUACAAGUUGUACUGUCAUGGGGAGAAUGGAGCAAGGAAUGGUGCCGGUGGUGGUGAAAGGAAUACACACAAAUGAUGUGUUGAUGGUGAGAAGGAUAACAGAAAGAAAGAUGAGUCUGAAGCUGGAGAUAGAUAGUGUUCUGCUAAAUGUGGUGACUGCCUAUGCCCGACGGGUGGGAUGUGACGGAGAAAAGAAAGAAGAGAUUUGGGAGAAGCUAGAUGAAGCUGUUGAGUUGAUUCCAAAGGAAGAAAGACUCAAAAUUGGUGCGGAUUUUAACGGACAUGUUAGUGAGGGAGAUGGGAGAGUGAUAGGAAAGUAUGGGUAUGAUGCACAUACUGAUAAGGGUCAAGCCUUUGUAGACUUCACCCAUCACACAGACAUGGCUAUUAUAAAUACCUUUUAUACUAAGCGUGGAUCACACAAGGUCACAUACACAAGCGGAGGCAGGUGUACUCAGAUUGAUUGCAUCCUGUGCCGCAGGGUGCAAGGUCAUUCCAGGCGAAAGCAUUGCAAAACAACACCAUGUAGUUAUUGA